AUUUUAUUUUUUCCGUUAAUUAUUAUUAUUCAUCAUCUGAUAAAUGUUUAUUGACUGAAUUUCUUCAGUAAUAGCUCUGAUGGCUUCACUUCACCUCUUCGCUUUGACGCUCGCAACCAUAAUAUUGGCUCUGAUCACCAGAAUCGUUUCCGUUGUGUUCUAUCACCGAAGAAACCGGAAAAAUGCCGUCGGAUUCUUUCACCCCUACACAAACGACGGCGGCGGUGGCGAGCGAGUGCUCUGGUGCGCCGUCAAAUCCGUCCAGGAAGAGUCGCCGGAUCUCGAUUGUGUUAUAUACACGGGCGAUCACGAAGCUUCUCCUGAAUCCCUUGCCGCUCGGGCGAUCGAUCGUUUUGGCGUCAAAUUGGUUCACGCUCCAAAGGUGGUGCAUCUGUAUAAAAGGAAAUGGGUUGAAGAAACUACAUAUCCUAGGUUUACUAUGAUCGGUCAGAGCCUGGGCUCAGUGUACCUUUCAUGGGAAGCUUUGUGCACGUUUACUCCUCUGUAUUUUUUUGAUACAAGUGGAUAUGCAUUUACGUACCCUGUUGCGCGGAUUUUUGGAUGUAAAGUCAUUUGCUACACACAUUACCCAACGAUUAGUUUAGAUAUGCUAUCACGAGUUAAUGCGCGGAGUUCUAUGUACAAUAAUGAUGCUCUCAUUGCUAAAAGUGUCUUCUUCUCGCAGUGCAAAGUUAUCUAUUACAAGGUUUUUAGCUGGAUGUACGGAAUUGUAGGAUCUCAUGCACAUCUUGUUAUGGUUAAUUCGUCAUGGACACAGUCUCACAUUCAGAAGCUUUGGAGGAUUCCAGAUCGUAUUACGAGGGUUUACCCUCCCUGUGACACUUCUGGUCUUCAGGUGCUGCCAUUAGAAAGAUCGACCAAACCAAUGAAGAUCAUUUCCGUGGCUCAGUUUCGUCCUGAGAAGGCGCAUCCACUUCAACUUGAGGCGUUUGCAGUUGCCAUAAAGAAUUUGGAUGCAGAUCUGCCAAGACCUAAGCUCCAAUUUGUCGGUAGUUGCAGGAAUGAAGCUGAUGAAAAAAGGUUGCAAUACUUGAAGGACCGCGCCAAUGAGUUGAAAUUGGACAAUGAUGUUGAGUUUCACAAAAAUGUUACAUACAGUAAUCUGGUGAGUCUCUUGGGCGGUGCAACCGCCGGAAUUCACUCGAUGAUAGACGAACACUUUGGCAUAUGUGUGGUGGAAUACAUGGCUUCUGGUGCCAUACCAAUUGCUCAUAAUUCAGCCGGACCUAAGAUGGAUAUAGUGUUAUCUGAAGAUGGUAAGCAAACAGGAUUUCUCGCAGAAAACGUGCAAGAAUAUGCAGAUGCCAUCCUCAGCAUUAUCAGAAUGCCAGUAAACGAGCGGCUCGAGAUGGCUGCUGCCGCUAGAAAACGGGCUUCACUAUUCUCCGAACAAAGAUUCUACCAAGAUAUGAAGGCUGCAAUUCGACCAAUUAUGUUAAACACUUCUCAAUGACAUACAUACAUAUAUAUUAUAUGUUAGACAUAGGCACAAGGUUUCAUCUGAUACAUGUUCUAACUGAGAAAAAAACAUAACACGGUUCUUCGCCUGAUGUAAUGACACCCAACAAAAUUUGACAGUACAUUGUUCUUGUUUUUUUUUUCUUUUUGUUUGAUUGCACUUAACCAUUGUGUGAUUGUUGUUGGGGGGUGGGGGGUGGGAGGUGGUAGAUCAAUGGUCGUAUCAAUCUGUAGAACCCUACUUUGUGGUGGGAUUUAAUUACGACUGCAAUUGAGAAAUAAGGCCCUACAAACCAAGACUUGUGGGUUAUUUUAACCUUUUGUUUUCUUGCGCAGGUCAAUUUUCUUAGCCCUCUUUUUUGUAAAAGUGAGAAACAAAUCACAGUUGUGAUUUGUGUGAAUUAUCUCUUUCUUUUUUCUUGCAUUCUCGAAUUCGAAACGUCAUACUUGUU